AGCAGGGAAGAGGAGGAGAGAGAGGGAGAAAGCAGGAGCUGCUGGGUUCGCGGCUACCCACCGCAGUUUUCCGGUCUUCUUCUAUCCUCACGGUUUUCCUUGGAUACCUAGCGGAUGCUGUCCUUUCCUAAACACACCAGCAUCUCUUCUGCGUUCAAUGCCAGUCGUUGGGAAUGAUUUCCGUGUGUCGCUCGCUGUGAAUUGCCGGCUUUAAUUCGGGGAGGGGGAAGCGAGAAGAGCGUUGUUCCUCUGGACAUUAUUCGAAGUAAUGCCAGUACCAGACCAACACUCUGACAUAGAGAACUCCAGCAUGUUGAGUCCGGUACUGAACGCCUCAAACGGAGAUGGAUCCGAGACGGAGACCACCUCUGCCAUCUUGGCCUCUGUUAAAGAACAGGAGCUGCAAUUUGAGCGACUGACAAGAGAGUUGGAGGCUGAGAGGCAGAUUGUUGCCACCCAGCUGGAGAGAUGCAAGCUGGGAUCUGAGACUGGAAGCAUGAGCAGCAUCAGUUCUGCAGAUGAAAAGUUCCGCUGGAACAACCAAGACGGACAGAAGGAUAUAGAGGAGGAGCUCACCACAGGUCUGGAACUUGUAGAUUCUUGCAUCCGAUCUCUUCAAGAAUCUGGUAUACUGGAUUCACAGGAAUUCACUGCUGGCGAAAGACCAGGCAUCCUCUCUCAGAGUGCUUUGCAGCUCAAUAAUCAAGAAGGCACCUUUCCCUAUCAAGUCAGUUACCAUAGCAACCAGACCCUGGCCCUCGGCGACCUGUCGACCUCCCAGCCUCCUCUCAGUGGUCAGGUGGUAGGAGCCUUACAUAGCUAUAAUCAGGUGACGUCUAAUCGUGUUGCCCAGCUGGCUGCCAGAGAGACAGCCGCCCGGGCCCAUUCCCAAGACUUCUUUGCCCAGGGUCAUGGCAGUGCAUUCCACAUGCCUGACAAUCAGCCAGCAGCCCCUGUAAACUAUUCCUGCUCCACUCUACCAGCCCAGCGAGUGAGCUCUCCCUUUUCCAUGCAGGCUUUGGGGUCCCCAUCCAAACUGCAGAGGCUGGGCUCAGCCUCUGACAUGCCCAGCUAUGCCACUCUGGCGCGGGUGUCAUCGCCCAAGCAGUCCCCAAGCCGACUGGCCAAGUCCUACAGCACCAGCUCUCCCAUCAACAUGGCAGUGGGAGGAGGGCCGUCCUCUUCACCACUGCACAUGGCCGGACUCGGCAAUACCUCCAACUCGUCUCCACUACACCAGCUCAGCGCUGCAGUGGGAAGCUACGCCACUCUGUCCCCUACCAAACGCAUGCUCCACACCACCGAUCAGUACAAGAUCUCUCAUGAUCUGUACGCCAACGCCACCCUCCAGAGACCUGGCAGUCUGGCAGGUUCCAGGGGUUCGUACAGCAGUCAGCACAGUCACCUGGGCUCAGAGCUCAGACCCUUGCAGUCUCCUGAGCACCAUAUUGACCCAAUUUAUGAGGACAGAGUUUAUCAGAAAGCCCCACUGAGGAACUUCAACCAAGGCCAAGCCCCUUCCUCUCCUGGUGUUGACUCCAUACCCUUGCAGCGCACUGGAAGCCAGAACGCCACAGGAACAUUCCCCCGUGCCGGCUACGCCACUGGCCCUGGUGCCUCCACCGCUGACUAUGCCAACCCCUACCGUACACUACAGUUCUGCCCCUCCACAGACUCACCCUACAGCAAAUCAGGACCUGCUCUGCCCCCGGAGGCAACACUGGUCAGGUCGCCCUCUGUGGACAGCAUCCAGAAGGACCCCAGGUACGACCCUGAAUUCCUUGUCUGGAAUCAAAAUCAAGCCGAGCAAAGAAUGACAAAGGAAUUUGGCUGGAGGGAUCCUGAACUGCCGGAGGUCAUCCAAAUGCUGCAGCACCAGUUUCCAUCGGUACAGUCCAACGCUGCUGCCUACCUCCAGCACUUGUGCUUUGGAGACAACAAGAUCAAAUCAGAGAUACGGAGACAGGGUGGGAUCCAGCUGCUGGUGGACUUGCUGGAUCACCGUAUGACAGAUGUGCACAGGAGUGCCUGCGGCGCACUCAGGAACCUGGUUUACGGCAAGGCCAACGACGACAACAAGAUCGCCCUGAAGAACUGCGGUGGGAUCCCUGCACUUGUGCGGCUUCUGCGCAAGACGACAGACGUGGAGAUCAGAGAACUGCUCACAGGUGUGCUGUGGAACUUGUCCUCAUGUGAUGCUCUGAAGAUGCCCAUAAUUCAGGAUGCUCUGGCAGUGCUGACCAACACAGUCAUUAUUCCUCACUCGGGCUGGGACACCUCGCCCCACCAGGACGACCACAAGCUGCACCUGCAUUCCUCACAGGUGCUGCGCAAUGCUACCGGAUGUCUCAGGAAUGUGAGCUCAGCUGGAGAAGAGGCCCGCCGCAGGAUGAGAGAGUGUGAGGGGCUGACUGAUGCACUGCUCUAUGUCAUCCAGACAGCUCUGGGCACCAGUGAGAUCGACAGCAAGACCAUUGAGAACUGCGUGUGCAUCCUGCGGAACCUGUCGUACAGGUUGGCUGCAGAGACGUCUCAGGGGCAGCAGAUGGGAUCGGAGGAGCUGGACGGGGUUCUGUGCACCGAUGCCAGUGGGAAGGAUGCAGAGAGCUCCGGCUGCUGGGCAAAGAAGAAAAAGAAAAAGAAGAGCCACGAUCAGUGGGAUGGUGUUGGGCCUUUUCCAGACUCUAGUGACCCUCCGAAGGGACUGCAGAUGCUGUGGCACCCGUCCAUCGUAAAACCGUACCUCACUCUACUGUCUGAGUGCUCCAACCCGGACACGCUGGAAGGAGCAGCUGGGGCUCUACAGAACCUGGCAGCAGGUAGCUGGAAGGUAGGCCCCACCUUAAAACCUUGGUCAGUGUACAUCCGUGCGGCAGUUCGGAAAGAGAAAGGACUGCCCAUUCUGGUGGAGUUGCUGAGAAUAGACAAUGACCGGGUUGUGUGCGCUGUGGCCACAGCUCUCCGGAACAUGGCCCUUGAUGUCAGAAACAAGGAGCUCAUAGGCAAGUAUGCCAUGAGGGAUCUGGUCCAUCGUCUACCGGGGGGCAACAAUAACAACAGUACUGGCACCGGCGGCACCAGCAAGAGCAUGUCCGAUGACACCAUCACAGCGAUCUGCUGCGCUCUGCAUGAAGUCAUCACCAAGAACAUGGAGAACACCAAGGCUCUUCGUGAUGCAGGCGGCAUUGAGAAACUCAUCGGCAUUGCCCGCAGCAAAGGAGACAAACACACACCGAAGGUGGUGAAAGCAGCGUCUCAGGUUCUCAACAGCAUGUGGCAGUACAGAGAUUUGCGAAGCCUCUAUAAAAAGGAUGGUUAUUCUCAGUAUCACUUUGUUGGCUCUUCAUCAACAAUUGAGAGAGACAGACAACGACCUUAUUCCUCCUCUCGCACUCCAUCUAUCUCUCCUGUGCGGACCUCGCCCAAUAAUCGAUCAGCAAGUGCACCCACCUCCCCCCGAGAAAUGAUGAGCUUGAAGGAGAGGAAGACCGAAUAUGAGUCAACUGGAACCAAUUCUGGUUACCAUGGAAACAAGGGUGAGCACACCUCCAGAAAAGACGCUAUGGCAGCUCAAAUCUCCAGUGGGACAUCUACACUGUACAGAGGUGCAUACAUGUCUCCCGCUGAUGACAUCAAGCAUAACCAGGUCUCUGCUCAAGGCAACCCUCCAGAGGCCUAUCCUCCCUUCCAGACUCCCCCAGGAGCCAACUUCGAGGAUCCGUACUACGAGGACCAAGCGCUUAAACGCCCCCCACCCGCCGCUGACGGCACCAUGCACCUGGGACUGAAGUCCACGGGGAACUACGUGGACUUUUAUUCAGCAUCCCGCCCGUACAGUGAACUCAACUACGAGACGAGCCACUACCCAGCCUCGCCGGACUCUUGGGUGUAGAGGCACAGAGGCAGCUGAAGGCUGGCCAUACACAGAGAUCAGCCCAGCAUGUGCAUGAACACUAGUAGACAUCUCACACACGUUAACCUUCAGUUCGGUUCACUGCUCGCACCACAGUGGGCUGCCAGCCAGUGAGCCAGGUUAGGAAAGUGCUUGAAGAGAGAGGAUUUAGGAAAGACGUAUUGUAGAAAGGACCACUUGAACUUUGACAUUUUUCGAAGCAGUGGAGGGGAACUGACGCGUAAACGGGAAAGCGGAAGAUAUGUGGCGCAGAGAUGGUACAGUUACGUGAAGCACAAGAAAACGACAUUCGACACAAGCUAAGGAAAUAGUUUUCACACGUUUUUUGACAUGUUAAACCAUGCUUUUUAUGGAGUGCUUCGUUACACUCUUAGCCUUUAUAUCUUUUUUUUUUUGGUUUCUUUUUAUUAUUUGCUUGUUUUUGUACCUCCUUUUUAACUUCUUAAGUCUGGUGUAAAGUACUUGUUGUAUAUUACAGAUGUAGAUACAAGAUGCAUUGUGUAUAUUACGCAAAGACUACCGUGUCCUCCCAUGUGGCUCAAUAUAUCGUUUUAUUUUCCUGUAUUUUAAACGAGAGAGAAAAAUACACUCAUUGAACUCCAGCAUCCUG